AUGAGGCCCGAGCUCCGGGAGAGGCUCCCGCAGUGUCCCGGGGGGCGCGGGCGGGGCCCUGAGGUGGCGGCGGCGGCGCGGCGCGGCCAAUCCCCGGCGGGGCGCGGGCGGCUCUGCCCGCCCCGGGCGCGGGCGGGGAGCGCAGCUGGUCCCGGCCGCGCUGCGCCCUCAGCGGGCCCGCUCCGCUCCCGCUCCAUGGAAGCGGCCAACGGGACCGUGCCCGAGGGCGCGGAGGAGCGGCCCCGCGGCCCCGCGGCCGCCCCGUCGGGCAGGAAGGAGGUGAAGGUGGUGAUCGUGGGCGACGGAGGCUGCGGGAAGACGUCGCUGCUGAUGGUGUACGCCAAGGGCUCCUUCCCCGAGCAAUACGUGCCCUCUGUUUUUGAGAAGCACACGACCAGUGUGACGGUGGGGAAGAAGGAGGUCACCCUGAACCUGUACGACACGGCAGGGCAGGAGGACUACGACAGGCUACGGCCACUUUCUUACCAGAACACCAAUGUGGUGCUAAUUUGUUACGAUGUCAUGAACCCCACUAGCUAUGAGAAUGUAGCAGCCAAGUGGUAUCCUGAAGUGAAUCACUUCUGCCGGGGUGUCCCGCUCGUGCUGAUCGGCUGCAAGACAGACCUGAGGAAGGACAAGGAGCAGCUGCGCAAGCUCAGGGCUGCCAGGCAGGAGCCCAUCACCUACAGCCAGGGUGAGGCAGCUUGCAAGGAGAUUAAAGCAGAAAUUUACCUGGAAUGCUCAGCAAAAUGUCGUGAGAACAUAGAAAAUGUUUUUAAAGAAGCCACAACCAUUGCACUGAGUGCCAUGAAGAAAGCCAAGUGCCACAGGAAACACAAAGUGUGCUCAGUGUUAUAAUCUGGACUGCACGAGAACCAAGUGAUUCAGAUUUUAUAAACAGUUUAACUUGAAAAAUCUUUUUUUUUUACAUGUUUGUAUUUCCAGGAUCAUUUAUUUUAAAAUUUGAAAUAUUUUUCGUAUUUUUGCACUUUUGUUACAUUGUUCUCACAGAGUUUUCAAAGCUGUUUAUCACAGUUAGCUCAUACUGUGUGCCUUCACCCAUCUGGCUUUUGCUUCUACGUGUGAACAACUCACUAUUUAAACUGCAAUGAGCAGCAACUGCUACUAUCUAACUUAAUCUUGGGCUUUUUCUUCCUCUGCAAAAUAAUUGUGGCAUGUUAGGCCUACAAUUUACUGCCUUUUUCCACAUUUUUCAGAAGCAAUGCUAAAGCAGUUUAUCAAGCACCUUUGAAGAGACAGAGAAAGUUUUGUCUUAACAUUUUCAAGUUAAUUCACUUGGUGGCAAUGGCAUGAGUUGGCCUCAAGCUGUGCCCUGAGUGUAGAUGGAACCUGGACUAGCUUUGCAGAGCUGCAGCUCAGAGUUCUCCAAGGCCUGCUGCUGGAAUGGAAAGUGGCAUUUAUCAAUGGAAAUAUGUCAGUUGCUCCAAUUAAAUAAUGGAGUAUCAUGGGAAAUAGUUAAUUUACAGCACUCAAAUUUAGAAGUACUCCAAGCAGCUACUACAUGUAAUGUCAAGUCAGUCUUAUGAUAAACAUUUACAGCUUAUUUAAUACGAGACAGAUGCAAAUCAUGGUGCACACUGGAGGAAAAAUUCAUUGACUCGUGAAAUCGUCUCUACUGGUAUAAAUUAAAAUUUUCCCUUUUGUGAUGAAGGUGUCAGUUGUCUAAGCAUCAGGCAGGCUCCCCCUGCACACCCUGGUACCUGUGCCUCGUAUCUCCUGGUUCUUUUGCACAUCCCCUCAGUGAUUGUAGGAGCAAUCCUUAGUUUGUAGUCACCAUAAACCAAAGCUGAGAGGGGAAACGAGGUUCCUGCAGUAGAGGUGUUGCUGAAAGCUUUCUGUGUAAGGCAAACUGGACAUGACCAGCUGGUGCAAAACUCUUUUGGAGCAAGCCAUUAUUAUUGUUUUGCAUGAAGGGUAAACAGAUUGACCCUUGAAAAAUCUUUUUAAUUUUUCUCCUAACUUGUUUUAAUAAAGUCUGUAAAUAUC